UGGAACAUCGAGUGACCUAUGUGGGCGUCGUCAGGCCGAAGCAUAUGACGGCAACAGACCUCGCGGGCAAAAGGGCAAUCUGCUCGAAUUUACACAUCGCUUUAACGGGAGGUUGGGUGGCUGUUUUGGAAGCUUUUGUUAUGGUUGUUGGUGUUCUUGUUGCCUUCGGUUGCUUGUUUUUCAAUAGUGUCGAAUUAUCUAGGGAGGUUGUAACUGUACUACUGAAGCAACAGACAGAUGUUUAUAUAGACGAGAUUUCAGCCACGAACUCCUACCUAGAUUGGUCUCCAAAUAGAUUUGGCAGCGAAAAAGAACAAGCAAAACGGUUGGAUCUUGUCAACAAGAGGCUCACCUUCCCCAUCCUGGCA